AUACAAUCCAUCACCUUCUUGGUUGGCCUAUGGUCCUUGCACUCCGGGUCCGUAUCAAGUACCCUCGUACGUUAAUUUCAAAACCGCCAACUCCAACUUCCAGGUAGGCCACACAUCAUGUCAACUAGUCCUACACUCCUAAAGUUCAAGACCUCCACACCAAGGUGACCAAGAUGCGAGACAUCAGACAAGAUUCCUUGUCAUCUCCGAUACCCAUGCGGAAAGGGGGUUGACCGUCCCAAAUGUGCCCGUCGACGUGGCCAUCCACUGUGGUGACCUUACAAACGAGUCCAAACUCGGCGAGUUCCGCACGAUCUUAGAUCUCUUACGAACUAUCAACGCACCCCUCAAACUCGUCAUCGCAGGAAACCACGACGUUACACUAGACACACCAAUGUCCAUGAAGAAAGCGCACGCAGAAGUCGACUUUUCGAUUGAGUCGGGGCUAAUGAAGAAGGAGUAUGGCGAUUUCGGCGACUCCCGACACCUCUUUGAGGAUGAUGCUAAAAAAGACGGCAUCGUGUUUCUUGACGAAGGUGUCCACCACUUCAACCUCGACAACGGCGCCAGCCUUACAGUCUACGCCAGCCCCUUUACCCCAUCUGCGGACGCCGACUGGGGAUUUCAGUACAAACUGGGAGAACACCACGACUUCGCCAUCAACAGCAAAGUCGACGCCGUCAUCACCCACGGCCCUCCCAGGGGGGUUUUGGACCUCACAGCUUCCAAGCAGCGCGGUGGUUGCGAGCAUCUCUUUACUGCCGUCGCGAGAGCCCGGCCACGCCUGCUUUGCUUUGGUCAUAUCCAUGAGGGCUGGGGGGCGAAGUUGGUAGUAUGGCGCGACACUCCCAGCGAAUCCCCCUCACACUUUGCCGACACCAACAACGGCGAGUCAGCUGUAGUGGACACUCUGGCAUCACUCCGCCCAGGAAAGUGGGAUACGCCCGAAGAUAUCGCGGAGAAAGAGGCCCGACUUCGGGCGCUCAGGACGGCUGGGUACCGUGCGACCGACCAUUCCUCAGGAAGCGAGCACCCUAUAGUGCCAGGACGGACGACGCUCUUCGCCAAUGCAGCCAUCCAAUCGGCAGACGAGGGGCAGGCCCAGUUGCCGUGGGUAAUUGACAUCGACCUCCCCGCUGCCAUCCAUUCAAAUGGUGUGUAGGGUGCCUGCUGGUCACUGCGCGGAUGCUGUCCAUGGGUGCAACGAAUGCCGUCUAAAAUAGAAAAGGACGACAGUCCAAAUAGAGAGGUCGCUUGAAGAGGAAUACUCUGGUUCCAAUGCGUACACGGCGCUAGACGACGAGAUAUAAUGACGGUGAUGACUUUCUGGUGCGACAACGACAUGGCCGAUGUGACUUAUAUGGAAGGUUUGCGCCCUAUUCAAGAGGGGAUCAGGGGCAGGAGGAAGUCCCAACGUCUCAAAAAGCAAGCCAAGCACUUCACUGCUGGUCGAAGAUACCGCUGCUAGCACUGCGGACGACGAGCGUGGUGACACUAAGAAUGG